CGGUUGAAACGUCCCGUCAUACCUCGCGUGGCCAACGGCUCUCCACGGAAAGCUGGCUCAUUGAAUUAUCGUACACAGCCCGUUCAGCUCGAUUUAGUCAAAUAAUUUGGAGCAAACCAGGUCGGACGUAGCUCAUUAAACACCGGUUACCUGCCACGCGUUUCCCCGGCUUUCUGUUUGUCUGUUUGCGGCGGUGGGGCGUGCUUUCCUGGGCUCGCUGGCUGGGUUUGGUCGGGGAGGCAGGGGGAAGUACGGAGCUGGUCCCGAGUGAUGAUGGAGCUGGAGUCGGCCAGUAACAGAGGCGAACUGGGAGCAGUGGGGGAUUCGCUGCAGCCACAGACCCCGAGCAGGCACGAAAAGAGCCUGGGACUGCUCACCACCAAGUUUGUGACUUUACUGCAGGAGGCGAAGGACGGAGUGCUGGAUCUGAAAGCUGCUGCAGACACCUUGGCAGUGCGGCAGAAACGACGUAUUUAUGACAUCACUAAUGUGCUGGAGGGAAUUGGACUGAUAGAGAAGAAGUCCAAGAACAGUAUCCAAUGGAAGGGUGUAGGUCCAGGUUGUAACACCAGGGAGAUAGCUGACAAGCUGAUUGAUCUGAAGGCAGAGCUAGAUGAUUUGGCUAUCAGGGAACACGAGCUGGACCAGCAGAGAGUCUGGGUCCAACAGAGCAUCAAGAACGUCACAGAUGACUCAAACAACAGCCCUAUGGCAUAUGUAAAACACGAGGACCUCUGUGGAGCUUUCAAAGGAGACACACUCCUAGCAAUCCGUGCUCCCAUUGGUACACAACUAGAGGUGCCCAUACCAGAAGCUACCCUCAACGGGCAAAGGAAAUACCAGAUCCGUCUCAAGAGUUCAUCUGGUCCUAUCGAGGUUUUGCUGGUCAAUAAGGACCCGUCCAGUGCCUCUCCUGUUGUUUUGCCCGUCCCUCCUCCAGAUGACAUCCUUCAGAACCUCCCAGCACCACCACCUACCUCCCAGCCGGUCACAGCUGCCUCCACACAGGUCCCCAAAGCAGCUCCAGUCACCUCUACAAAACCUGGUCCUGCCACAACAUCAGCCACAGCAGCCAACCAGACAAUCUCAGUGACAGAAGUGACAAGCACCACGCCACUCACCCCAACAACAGAUACACCUGCUACAGUCACUCAGCAGCUUCAGUCCUCUGCCUCAUUGGAUGGACCUGCAUCCUCUUCUGCCUCUGCAGUAUUUGAACCAAUUAAGUCAGAUCCCUCUGAAUUACUGGACUUUCCCAAAGAGCUCUCUGAAAUGUUUGAUCCAACAAGAGAGAUCAUGAGUGGAGAUUUGUUGGAGGACUUAAUGUCAUCAGAAGUGUUCUCUCCUCUCCUCCGCCUAUCCCCUCCACCCAGUGACCAUGACUAUAUAUACAACCUGGAUGAGACAGAAGGCCUGUGUGACCUCUUUGACGUCCCCAUUCUCAACCUCUGACCCCUGAGAUUAAAGUCAGAGUGGGAAACAGUUGCCCUUACACGCUAAUCUACCUUCAUUUUCUCCAAGUUUUCCCCCUCACUGACAGUGAAGGUGAGAAGAGGUGCAGGAAAGCCAAAACCAUCUGAUGAGCAUUCAAGGACACCUCUGCACUGACACGGUGAGCUCCACCUGGGCUCAGUCAGACAGUAGCUUAAUGUACAGCCUCAUGAAGAAACACAGGCGAGAACAAAACAUUUUAUUUACUGCUUUUCCAAGGAAACCGAGUCAAAACAAGUGAUAAAUAAUUAUAUUUUUGGAUUCUUGUGUAUUAUAAAGCGUUAUGUUUGUGUAUCAGCUUUCCCGUGAGAGAAUGUGUGUAAAGCAUACUUUACAUGAGUGUGCUUGUGAGUCUGUGUGCCCGCGUGUGUUUUGUAUUGAACACUCUCUUAACUUGAGUCCAAUGUCUCCAGGAAAAAAAGAGAAACCUAUCAGGUAAAGAGUCAAAGCAGACUAAUGGAGCACAGCCUUUAUCACCCGGCAGCUGCUCACACAUGGCUUGAAUGAGUCCAACACACAGCUGGUUAAAUAUGCACUGUCCUCAUGUACAUAGAGAAUAUAUAUUUUGUAUUACCAGCACACAAAACUAUUGUAUUAUUAUGAACUACAUUGGUGACACAGGCAGAGCAAUAGUUUGCAAAAAAAGAAAGGUACCAGACUCAAAUGAUCGUACUGUAUGUAUGAGGUGCGUUGUUUUGAAUAAUGGGACUUGGUCUUGAUUAAACCUUUCAGUGUUGAAGUGUUGUUGGUUUUCAGUUACAGAAAGAGGAUCUUAAUACUAAGCUAUUGAGGCCAAUAAACUUUGUGAUGUAAUAAGCCAAGGACCAAAAAAAUGCAGGGUUGGGGGGAAGUUUUAGAAUACUACCAUUUUAAAUACAUACAAAACAAACAAACAAAACAUUUUUUUCAAUAAGUUGCUUGUUCAAAUUAAAAGUAAAAAUGUCUCCUGUAAAUACAUUGUGCCUACCUUGUUUAACUGGUUCAAUGUUGGCACUUCUACACUGAGAGGUUUGAUAGUCAAAAAAAUGCAUGCUUUCAGUUUUAUUCUGCCUCUGGACUAUUAAUAUUGGACCUUGCAGAUUUUUAUUGGCUCUGAUUUAUACAUAACUGGUGCAUGUCAGAGGAGUAGCUUUCCCCCCUUUUCCAAAAUGAGUUUUGUGGCAGUUGUCUUUCAUCUAUAAUGUAUGUAUAUGAAUACCAUUGUACUCAUUUAAUUUGUAUGUAAAAGGACAUGUAUCUAUCUCAGAUGUAUUUUUACUGAUGCAGUGAAUAUAGUCACCAUGUCAUGAAUUAUGAUCCUGUUUUUGUAUAUUUGGCACAGAUCCCUAUUCAAUAGUUUUUACUUUUUCCAGUGUUCUUUCUGUUCAUGCUUAUCACUCUAAAUUUUUCAACUCUAAUUAUUCUCCCUGUGCAGGGGACAGAUGAGUAGCGACUGUACAAUAUUGAUAUUAUUCGUCUUUCUACGGUGCUUUCUUCUGUAAAAUCACUUUUUGUGUAAUAAUAUCCUGUUUUGCCCGGGAUGACGUGUAUGUAUGUACAGUAUGUACUGUGUAUAUCCUUCUCUACCGCUUGUAUAGAAUAGCAUUUAUUUUUUAUACCUGCUAGAUAUAUUAUUACAUGACCAUUGCUACUAAUUUGGGGCUACACUUCACAAAACCUUCUGCUUUAUCAAAGCAUCCUGUCUCAUCAUUGCACUUUACAUCACUGUGGACAGAUUGGUUGCUACUCAUCCGCUCCUGGAUCAGUAGCCAGUCGCUGUGUUUGGACAGUGUUGUGAGCAGCCAGGAAGUUCAACAGCCCUGGGUUGAAUGAAUUGUGUCUGUGCGCUGGCAUGUGAGACUCAACCCUACAGACUGUGUUUAACAGGCUCACUGUUGUUAAGCUGUAGUUGCAUCAAAUGAUACAAAAUAAACACUUUGGUAUUCUU